AUUUAAUUUCUUUCAUGAUGGAGAUUAAACCUCUUUCCAGAGAAGUCGUAUCAAAAAUAAGAAGUACUUGCAGUAUCAAUAAUUUAUCGCAGUGUGUAACUGAGCUUGUUUUGAAUAGCCUGGACGCUAAAUCAUCUGCAGUUGCCAUCAGACUGAAUUCUGUGAAUUUCAGGAUUCAAGUAGUAGACAAUGGUGUAGGAAUAUCACAAGAAAACUUGGAUAAAAUAGCCCGUAAAUAUUCAACAAGCAAAUGUCAAACUUUGAUGGAUCUGGAGAAAAAACCAAAAAGUUAUGGCUACAAAGGUGAAAGUCUGUGGAGUAUUUCGAAUGUGUCCAAAACUCUCGUUAUCACCUCAAAAUAUGCUUCCUCUGAAAACACAUUUUCGAAGAGCAUAAACUUGGGUAAGCAUGGAAAAGUAGCACCAGCAAAGCGAAGACAGAGUAACGGCACAACCAUUACAGUAGAUAGUUUUUUCCAUAAUCUGCCCGUGAGACAGAAGCGAUUAAAAAAAGAAUUCGAAUUUGAAGAAAUAAUUACAUUCCUUAAGAGUAUGUCCAUAAUCCAUCCGCAAAUUUCGAUAACUUUGAGGGAUGAUAUAACUGGAACACUGUUAUUUAAACGUCCCAAAAGCGAGAAUAUCAUCAAAUCUUUCACAGAUUUAUAUCCUGAAAUCAAAUAUGAUGACACAGUUGUAAUAAAGGUACAGAAGGAUAAAGUUACACUGGAAGCACUGCUGUCGAAGGAAUUCUUUGAAGACAAUAACAUCCAACAUAUUUUCGUAAAUAAGCGUCCAGUUCAUCACUCAAAACUACAAGCUUUCAUCUGUAAGGAGUUAUCGAAGGUUGCCAAGAAAAAAAUACAAUCGGUUAAAGCUCUUUACCCAGCCUAUGUGUUGAAUAUAAAAUGUUCGAUAUCGAAUUACAUCAUCAUGUACGAGAAUUCCGAACCCAAAGUUGAUUUUCUGAAUAUAGACAUUAUCCAUCGUUGUAUAGAGAAAUUAAUAUCAAAUUUCCGUGGUGAAACGGAAAUUAAUGAAGUGGAUAAUAAACCAACUGAAAAGAGGAAAAGUGUAUGUGGAGUUUCCGAUUUAGUAGGAGCUGUAAAAGGUUUUGGAUUCAAAGAUUGGUUAGAGAAUCCGGAAACUGGGAAAGAAGAAUCUUGUGUUAUAGAAGAUGUCACUGAACAGAGUGAGUUUCAAUUAAAGAAAAUUGAACCUAUGAGAAAACACAAAAUAUCUCCAGUGAAAAAGGGCAAACUUAAAUCCCUACCAAUUAGAAAACAAAAACACAAUAAACUUAAAACUUCUCGUGAAAGUGAAUAUAAGGAGAAAGAACUCGAAGGGAAAAGAUACCAAGAAGAAGAACAACACUUUGAAAAUAAUAUCAUAGUUGAACAUCGUGAAGAAAAUAUUGCAGACGAAACUAAGAUGAAAAAAUUUUGUAGAUUGGAGCGAAACUGCGCAGAUAUCUUAGCCAAAAAAAUACCAGACGAAACACUCUUCUCUAAUUUUACUAACACGGAAGAAAAAGGGAAGGACUUUUUGAUGUACAUGUUCUUGAAAUCAACUGAAUUAUUCAAAGGGGAUACCUCCUUCCAACCAACUCAAAUUUCUGAAGACAAUUCCGAUAUGAAUAUAAAUAACUCAAUUGAAACCAUUAUGGAAUCUAACAUCUUCUUUCAAAAUAUAACUAAAAGUAAGAAUCAUCAAUUUAAUGAGAACAUAUCGGUCUCAGUUAGACUGAAGAGGAAGAAAAAUACCAACGUCUACAAAGGUCAAUCAAAUUUCUCUGAAAUAUUCGCAUUCUCCAUCCCAGAAAAGAAAAAGCGGAAAAAUGGAUAUUUCAAUGAAAAAUCCGAACAUAAAUCUGGGAAUUAUUUAACGAGCCCAUAUUUCGGAACUAAAAAACUUGAUCCCAACUACAGUUCAAAAAGAAAUAUCAUUAAAAAACCCAAAGGCUCGAGUUUUUUGUUUGGAGAUGAAAAUACGAACAAACUGAUGUAUGAAAAUCAAUAUGAUGGAAAUUUCACAAUAUUGCGUUCCUGCAAAUCGAAUCAUAACUAUUCAAAAAAUAUAAAACCUCAUGAAGUCAAAAACUGUUUUGACCAAUUGUCGAACAAUUUCUGUUUCUUGAAUUUCACGAAGAAUAAUCUGUUGUACGACACAAAUAAGUCAUACGUGUUCAAUUUCCAGAAUGACGUUGAAUUUGAGGGAGGACUUUUCGAUAAUAACCAACUCAUGAAUGGAAAAUUGGCAGAUAACAAUUCGAGGAGAAUAAUGACUUUCAAUAGCGGGAAAUUGGAUUAUAAUUUACCGUCGGAAGUUUUUGAUUUUAAUAAUUUACCCUUCAGUCCUAUACCUAAGGUCAAAAUAACUCCUGAAAAAAACCGAGAAGAUGAAAAACUGAAUGAUGUAAUUAUCAAUUCUGAGAACAGGACACUGAAAAAACCUGUGAAUGAUUUGACUUUCCUUCCAAACUCUGCUGUAAGCUUCGAUGUGGAAGGGAUCUUUGAUGAUAAACAUUUUGAUGAGGAUAAAGAUUUGAGAACUUUAACUGCCAUUGAAACAGCACAAACUUCGAAUUUGAUCAUAACUCUGAAUGAGAAUGUAGUGAAUGAACAUAAAAUAAAUACUGCCAUCAACACUAAGGCAAACGUCGAAGGUGAAAUUCCAGCAGGAGAUAUAUGGUUGACGAAAUUUGAUCCUGAGGGAAAUGAAUUUUAUUUCAAUGAAAGAACAGGAAUGACAUCUUUCGUUCACCCGAAAAAACAAGAAAUUUACAUUUUAAAAGAAAGACCUCAUUUUCUACCGAAGGGCUUAUCACCAGUUUUGAUACCCGAUCCGAAACUAGAGAAAAGUCUGAGUCCAAUCUCAAAGGAAAAACUUCAUGACGAAAUUCUAAAAUCAUAUUCGAAUGAUCUGGGUGUUGUCAAAUGGGAAAAGUUCAUCAGAGGCAGCGAUCCGAAAAAAUUCUUCGAAAGUUUAUACAAAGAAAGAGUGAACGAAUAUGAAAAGGAAGUACCGAACAUCAUACGAACAAAAAUGUCCAAAAUCCCACUCCAAAUACUGAAUGAUAACAAAUUCAACAAAAUGUUGUUCAAGGAUCUGAAAGUGAUUGGACAAAUUGAUCAGAAGUUCAUAGCUACCAUCGAUAGGAAAACAUCUUAUUUGAUUCUCUUCGAUCAGCACGCAGUUCAUGAGCGUAUAAGACUCGAGGACUUACUCAAAGAAUAUGAAGGAAAAAGUUCGAAAUGUGAAAAUGUUACGCUGUUAAUGAAAGGAACAGAUUUGGAUCUCCUAAGAAGCCAUCAAAAAUAUUUGGACGGCAUCGGAAUUCAUUUUCGUUUUUUAAAGAAUGGUAUAACAGUCAAUGCAGUUCCUAUGUGCUUUUCAAAUAAGAUCACGAAAGAGUCUCCUCUCUCGAAGUUAAUUCAAAUCCUUAUAAGAGAAGUUCUUGAUCUUGUGAAAGAUACCAGAGGGGUUCUCACUGGUUUACCAAAAAUGAUUAGUCAAAUAAUUAAUAUGGAGGCUUGUAGGGGAUCUGUGAAGUUUGGGGAGUUUCUGAAUAAAGGAGAAAUGGAAAGAUUGAUUGAACAGGUAUCUAGAUGUGCUCUGCCUUUUCAAUGUGCUCACGGACGGCCCACUAUGAUUCCACUACUCACUUUGGAUGACAAAUACGAAGCAAAUGUGGAAGGACCAAGUUUACAAAAUCUGAGGCCUAUUUAAAUGGAAUCUUAGUGAAGUGACUACAUAAUUGAGUUUAUCAAUGCACUAUAUUUGAAUUCCUAGGAUUAAGUAAUCAGUGAACUUAUUUCUUGAAAAAAAUAAAUUCUUGAAUAAUA